GCAGGCGGAGACACCGGGGGAGGCAGGCAAGCAAGCAGGGAGACGCUUCUGUCGCUUUUACAUCUCGACGACUCACACACACAUAGACACACACACACACACACACAGGAUUGGACUUUUACAUUUAAUAUUCCGGCUGAAAUCAAUGAAGGAGAGACGCUCGUGUCAGAAACUAUCUCUGAAAUCCGGCAUGGAUCCCAGUCAGAGUGUGAAGUGUAAGAUAGUGGUGGUGGGAGACAGCCAGUGCGGGAAGACUGCCCUGCUUCACGUGUUCGCCAAGGACUGUUUCCCUGAGAGCUAUGUCCCCACAGUGUUUGAAAACUACACAGCCAGUUUUGAAAUCGACACACAGAGGAUUGAGCUCAGCUUGUGGGACACCUCAGGAUCUCCAUACUACGACAACGUGCGGCCUCUCUCCUACCCAGACUCUGACGCCGUCCUCAUCUGUUUUGACAUCAGCCGCCCUGAAACACUCGACAGCGUGCUUAAAAAGUGGAAAGGAGAGAUCCAGGAGUUUUGUCCCAAUACUAAGAUGCUGCUGGUUGGAUGCAAGUCAGACCUCCGCACUGACCUGAGCACGUUGGUGGAGCUUUCCAACCACCGACAGACACCAGUCUCUUAUGACCAGGGUUCCAGCAUGGCCAAGCAGAUCUCGGCACCCUACAUCGAGUGCUCGGCUCAGCAGUCGGAGAACAGCGUCAGAGACAUUUUCCACGUGGCUACGCUGGCUUGCAUCAACAAGAACAACAAAAACGUUAAGCGCAGUAAGGCCACUCGCGGGAACAAGAGGAUUUCACACAUGCCUGGUAGGCCUGACCUGGCGGCCGUGGCCUCGGACCUCCGGAAGGACAAAGCCAAAAGUUGCUCGGUCAUGUGACUGAUGAAACUGAGGGGGAUUAGGCUGAGACUGAGGACAGAGCACAGUGCAAGCAGGAAGCUAUGGGGCAAUGCUCUUUCCUGCAUGCUAAAGACCCCUUAUGUGUCUGGAAAGGGGUUUUAUAAGCUUCAAUUCAUGUACAUGUUACUGGAAUACUCUGCACCAGUGAAAACUCAAUGCGUAGUAGCGUCCCAAUCCAUGUGGCCCCCUGCCCCACCAGACGAGGAAGCUAUCUGUCAGCGAGCUACCUGCUCAGGGAAGUGACCUGCUUCCUUUGGGAGGAUGGAGCGGAUGUGGUCGAGGCUUUCCACACCAACAGGAAAUAAGCAGGAAGAGUGAUGUCAUUAGGAGAUGCUCAUUUGUAACGGAAAUGUUUAAAAGCGUGUGAUCUUUUGAAUGAGAGCCAAAGCCGGCAAAGGGGGUCUUGCUGCCUGGGGAAAAAAAGAGGAGCUGCUGUUGUUUGUGCUGGAUCAAAGACUUGUUGCUCGGAGGGCUUAUACAACUCGUCACUGUAGUUUGGAACUGAUUCACUCUCACUCCUGCUCGUGUAACUGUUAGUCUGUGUGCAGAGGACAUUAGAAGAGGAAUUUCUCAGUCCCGCACAAAAAAAACCUGACGCUGUUUGUCCCCUGUCUCUGAUAUGUUGUCAGUAUAAUGUGAAGUCAUUGGUGUGCAACUGCAUCAUUGUUUUAUUUUAGCUUCAUCCUGAUCAGUCUCAACCACAAACAGCUUGUAGCAGUCAGCCAGUCUGUGCCCAUUUAUUUCAUGUCAACAGCUAUAGGUACAUAAAGACUCUCUAAAGACAGAUUAUCCAAACUGUUCUCCACACUGACAUGUUUAUGGUCCCCUCUGUAUUAUACUGGGGAGCCAUAAGCGAAAUAGCUCAAAGCUGUACCCGUCACGAUUUGACAAACAAUUCCUCAAGUCCAUGUGAUAAACAAAUGCAAGUCGGCCCUUCAAUUAGUGACACUUUUAAAACGAGAAAACACAAAUAACUUGCAUAACACAUUUUAAAACACAUAAUGGACCCUUAAUGGGCUGAGGAGCUUAAGUUGACCAACACAUAUCAAGUGAAAAUAUGACUAAUUAUGUAAAAUGAGAAGGUCUUAGCAGGCAGACAGCCAGUUAGAGCUAUGAGUCAUUUUCCCACUGCACUUUAGGGAGGGAGUGGAAAUGUAAGCAACAAUUAAAGCUUGUUUAUUAGGCUCUGAAAAACAUCGGCACUCUGCUUUGCAUUUCCCUGAAGUGUUCAGACUCUGCUGUUGGGUAAAACUCUGAUAAAGGCCCGGUCACGGCAACAACUAUUUGGAUAAUGAAUUCAUUGUUUCAGCCAUUUCUCAAUGCGUUUUAACAUUUUACAGACUAUGUGACCAACUGAGAAAACAAUCAGCAGAUUAAUUGCUAAUGAAAGUAAUUAUCAGCGCUACUUGGCAGGGAGUGGAGUAAACAGAAUGUCCUACUAGCAUUAGCUGAUGGGCGUACUCAUGCACUGUUCGUACAUAUACCUAUGAAAAGUAAUGCACCGAAUUUCGUAUAAAACCAUGAACUAGUAACUCAUAUAUAACCCAAAUAAUCAGAAAGGCUGCGAUCAUGUGACCAAUGAACUGAUGGGAGUGAAGAAGGAAGUAGUAUAAAGAGACAAGGUACGUGUAGAUGGAAGGUCGGGGUGAUGAACUGGUCAAACAACACAGGGCUUUACCCCAGGAGACCAGUAUUUGUGUCCUGUGUGAGACCAACUGAACUUUGAAUUAUUUUAAGGUGUAUCGUCAACCAUGUUUCUUUUCCGAAACCCGAGUUACGUGACUUAACUUUCCUAAACCUGAAUUGCACAACUUUAAGUUAAGUACAUAUCUUUACAUUAAAUACGUAACGUGAUGAUGACUACACCAUUCCAGGGUUGAUAAUUUGUUGAAUAUUGAAUGAAUCAUGAACAGUUGCAUGAGGAUACGUUAACCUAGCAGAAGUAACUUUCACUUUCUGGUGUGACCGGGCCUUUACUUAAACUGUAUGAUUUUAUUUUUCCCACAUGGUUUGACAUGUUAUUCAGUGUUUGGGUUUCACAGCCCUUCAUUUGAGAUAUGUCAUAAUGUAAACAACAAAUGGGCGUUAAUUUGAAAAUUAGACUUUUCUGAAGUCUUGAGAGACAGUGUUGUUUACAGUGUAAAAUUGUGUUUUCCCUCUAACAGUGCAAUUAAGGAGCUGUUUAAAUAUCAAAGGUAUUGAUGCACUUUUAAACUAACUUCCCAAUUAGUUUGUUCAAAUGCCAGUGCUGUCACAUUUGGCAGCUCAGUGGCCCAACUCAUUUCUUGAUUUUCUAAUCUGUUGUCUCUUCCCCGUGUACAUUUAUCAUGUUUUCUUGAAUGUUGAUGUCACCUUCAAAUGUCUUUGCCAAUGUUGUUGCCGCAAUAUUUAUUGAAUUAUAUAUUUUCCCUUUAGAAUAAAUGCAAAUGGAAUUGAA